AAACAAUUUCUCAAUAUAUUAUUAGACAUUAAUAUGUUAUACGAAACCUCGGUUCGCGUAUCGUAUAGAAUUUGAUCUUUCACACAUGUUUUUAAUUUCGCACGUGCGAGACAUGCGUGCGCGCAGCCGCCAGUCGCCUAUACACCUCGCGCCGUGCCGGUGUACCGCGCACUGACAACAAAAUAAUAAAACGUUUAAAUAUCACGACGUGUUCCAAUUUUAAAAAUAAUAAAAUCCUAUUCGAAUAGGACAACGUAUUCCAUUUUUGAAUUUUAUUUUUUUUAAUGGCCAACAAAUCUAAUGGCUUGGAGACUUCGGACUGGGCCCGCGCGCCGCCUCCUAAUAGACCUUUCUGUGAAAGGGCGCUGAAAGCUAUUUACGAUCCAGAUGACAAUACUUUUUUGGGGAGGACGCCGAAGCGAUGGGGUAUAGUGUUCGCGUUCUACGGCGUGUUCUACGCGGUGCUGGCGCUCAUGUUCGCUGUCUGUAUGGCGGGCCUCUUCUCUGUGCUGGACGACAGGAAGCCCACCUUCAUCCUCGACAGCUCUCUGAUUGGCGCCAACCCCGGCGUAGCGUCGAGGCCACGCUAUGUCGUGUUCGACGCCCAAAACUCAACAAACUUUGAUGCAUACAUAAAUGAAUUACAAGAGUUCUUGCAACCCUACACAAAGGAAACAUGGUACAUGUCAAAGAUGAAAUGCACGAAGGACGACAAUUACGGAUUCCCAGACUCUCCGUGCGUGUUUGUAAAGUUAAAUAAGAUCUACAGUUGGAUGCCUGAAUUCUUCAGUGCAACGGAACUACCAGCAGAUAUGCCGGAAGAUUUACAAGAAUACAUCAAGGUCGUAUCAGAAAGCGAGCGCCAGAAAAUAUGGAUCUCCUGCUGGGAUGAGAACAAAAACACCAACGAGACUCAGAUAGAGUACCCCUGGGGGAGAGGCUUGCCGGGCAGGUUCUACCCCUAUCUGAAUCAAGAUGGCUACUUGAGUCCACUCUUGGCUGUUCAAAUAACGCCACCCAUUAACACCGUGGUCAUGAUCCGCUGUCGGGCGUGGGCCAAGAAUAUCAUAUACAACAAGAGCCUCAAAGAACCUUCUGGAUAUGUUCGGCUCGUCAUGAACAUAGUCGACACCACAGCUGUCAACAGUACAGAUGUUUAAUUUACCAUUUAAUAUAUAAAUAUAAUUAGAUGGUUUUGAACAUAAAUAUACUAGCUAGAUGGUUUUGAAUACAAUUAUACCUAUUAGUUUGAUGGUUUUGGUUAUAAAAUUAUACCAUACCAGCUGUAUAGUUUAACAUAAUAUAAUAUAGUCUAUCUGGAUCAUGUUGAAUAUAAUUAAACUAGCUCGAUGGUUUUAAAUACAAUUAUAACUAGUAGCUAGAUGGUUUUGUGUACAAUCACAAUAUGUGUUGGAUUUUGAAUAAUAUUCUAAGUACUAGCUGGUACGGUCGUGGUAACGACGGGGAUAGGGCUGUCAAGAAUCUCCGGGGGAGAUUCCGCUGCCAACCCCGACGACUAGA